ACAUCCUGGUUUUUUUAUGUUAAGUUCUUCACGCGGUGUCGAAAACAAGCCGGGUGAAAUGUUUCCGGGCUCCUGGCCCCGCCCUGGAAUGACGUCAUCCAAGACAACUAUCACCUGAGACAGAGCCAGAGGAGGAGACGGCGUUAGAAGUUACAAGUGUUAAAGUCUCGUUCAGUGAGUUGUUACGAAUUAAAAAAACAAAACAUGAGCACUAAGGUUUUGUGGGCUUCCUUAGCUGUUCUCCAGUUGGUAGUAGCCUACCCACAGCGUGGUGUGAAGACAGGCCGGUCUAUUUUCUGCAAAAAAGACACAGAAUACCUGCACAACGGCAUCUGCUGCGUGAAAUGUGAAGCCGGUCAGUAUGUCCAAACUCCCUGCACUGAAACGGGUAAGACUGGAACAUGUGAGGAGUGUAACGAUAGAACGUUCACGGAGCACGCCAACGGACUGAAACAAUGCAUCAAGUGCACCCAGUGCCCUCCAGAUCAGGAAAUAGUCAGAGAAUGCUCUCACACCCAGGAUACUUUGUGUCAGUGCAAGCCGGGGAGGUACUGCCAUCCAGACGAAGCAUGUGAAAUAUGCAAGAAGUGUUCCAGAUGUAACCAUGAUGAGGAGGUGGUGAAGAACUGCACAUCUACCAGUAACACUGAAUGCAAGAAACGGCAGGACAAAUCCAGCCAAGAAGCAGAUACUACUCUGACUGCGGUGAUUGUGAUUCUUGUGGUACUUAUUGUUUUGGGCAUAAUUAUCGUCAUCUUGUGGAAGAAGAAAUGCAGAACAGAAAAUUCCAACAGUUUGAAACCGGUUUGUAUUCCAGUGAGCAAGCCUCACAACACCAAUCCAAGUAAAUAUGUAAACAUAUAUAAACCUAAAGGGAAGGAGGAGACAAUAAAUCUGUGUGAAAGCAAUCCCAGCUCUGUCAGCAGCUCUCAGCACAACCUAACUGACCCCGCUGAAAUACUCCCCUGGGAUUACCCCAACAGGAGGGAAGAAGAGCCAUUCCCCACCCUCAUUCCUAAAAAUGGUGUUGAAUCUCUCACGGCGUGCUUUGAGUUCUUUGAAGAGCUGAACGUGGACUUCCACAACAGGUUCUUCCGUAAGCUCAGCAUAGAAGAUAACAAGAUCAGAAGCAAAGAUCAUCUUUCUCAUGAAGACCGGAUCCAUUUUCUGCUGUCGUACUGGGUAGAGAAGGAGGGAAAAGAAGCCAGUCUAAACCACCUGCUGAGAGCUUUACUGGACCUGAACCAAAGACGAACAGCUGAGACAGUCAUGGAGAAAGCUGUUCAGAAAGGUUACUACGAAUUUGAGAGUUUGUCUCUGGGAGAUGAUUAAAGGAGAAGUAUUAAGUGUUUUUCAUUUUAUAAUAAACUGAACAAUGUUACUGUGAGCUGUUGUGAAAAUGCUGUAAAUACCAAAAAUAUCUUCUAAGAAAUUUGACUUUGCAUCACAGCCGCAUCUGAUGCCUUGAAACUGGCGUCUAUCUCUUUAAGAAGCUCCUGUCCUCUCUGUCUUCAGAAUAUUGUCUCUGAUUCCGUUUACAGCUGCUGUUAGCUCAGCAGAGUGCAAUACCACCAGAUGUUGCUAAUCGCUGCUGCCGCUAGUCUGGUGGAGCUAUACUCUGACUGGAAAUUAUUGUAGGAACUUCUGUCUCUAUUUGUUUUUAUAUCUGUAUAUUUAUGUUGCUCAUUUGAUUGAGACUCCAGACCAAACAGAAUGCUGUAUUCAGAGUUGUUAAUGUUACCAUUUUUUAUUUCUUUUUUUUUAUGUGCAUAUUUUUUAUAUUACAUGCUGAAUAAGGAUUUAAAGUGAUCCCUGAAUAUUUAUUGGAAUGUGUGUGAUUUCAUGUACUGAAAACAGGUUUAAUUUAUUGUAUUUUUUUUCAUUGCUGUCUGGUACUAAAUAUUUUCCCAAUCAGGAGGUGCUUUUGUUAGGCUCAGAAUUAAUUAGUUUUUUAAGACCCUCAGGGGUCUUGAUAAUAGCAAAAUGUUAUAGAUCAAUUCAGAUUUUUUUUCUGUUUGACAUUUGAUUGGCAUUUGCUGAAGUUAAUGUAUGUAUUUUUCAUCCACAUUUUCUAUGAAGUGAUGUUCUGUUUGUCAGCUGGUUCUGAUUGAAUGUGUCUGAUUCAGUCCAUUAAGUUUUUUUUUUAUGUACAUGUUUCAGUUAUGGUAACUUGCUGUUCAGCUCAUUCUAAUAAAAAGAUGAA